AUUUUGUUCCCAGACAUUUUUUUUCAUUUUUCCUUCCUUUUUCUUUUCUUUUUUUGGAUAUUUUUUCCAACGAUGCUUUUUCUAUUUUGCGAGUGGACAGAACAUAAUGUGCUGGCUAGCGAGGUAGCUAGCUUGAGCUAACUCGGGAGAAGCAGAAACACGAACACUGGUUGUGGUUUUUAGAAACACGACGCUUUGGAUUGCAUCUUAGCUACGGUCUCAUCUAUUUUUUGCAAGUUUGUGUAGCUGUGUUUUUGUAGCGUGUAUUGUGAAGACUUUUCCUUGCCGGGACUGAUGCGUUUUUGUCACGCUUCUCAGUUAGCGCUAGCUAACAGCGUCAGAGCCUCGUUUGGGUUUAGAGCCUCAUCAAAGCUUCCUCACACAUUGUCGGCUACAGAUUGUCAGAAUUUUGCAGGUUUUGUUUUUUGCAAGCAGAUGAACUGGUCUGAUGGGUAUUUUUUUUAAUGAUUGGUGGUUGGCUAACGUUAGCCAUGCUAGCCGGCUUUGAGCCCCGGAGGCCUGUGUUUCACACUGCAGCCUGCUGGUGGCGCUGUCGGGCUCCAGGCGGGCUGGUGUCGAUGGUUUAGUAUAAAUCGCGAGGGGCGAAGGUCAAGACACCAGCCCAAACUGAUCCCAGCCCACAGUGUCAAACAUCAGACAGACGACAGCCCUGCACACAGACGCUAUGGAUCGUUCACCCACCACCGCCAGCCUGAUGGCCAGCAGCAACGUCACCAACAAGACCGACCCUCGCUCCCUCAACUCCCGGGUCUUCAUUGGAAACCUCAACACCCUGAUGGUCACCAAGGGGGACGUCGAGGCCAUCUUCUCCAAAUACGGCAAGAUCGUGGGCUGCUCCGUGCACAAGGGCUACGCCUUCGUUCAGUUCGCCAAUGAGAGGAACGCCCGAGCCGCUGUCGAUGGAGAGGAUGGCAGGAUGAUUGUCGGACAAGUACUUGACAUCAACCUGGCUGGAGAACCCAAACCACACAGGUCAAAAACCUCCAAACGCUCAGCUGGAGACAUGUACAGCAGUUCCUCAUUUGAACUCGACUAUGACUUCCAGAGAGAUUAUUACGACCGAAUGUAUUCGUACCCGUCCCGUGUUCCCGCUCCUCCUCCCCCCUUGUCGCGGGCCGUGAUCCCGUCCAAGCGCCCGCGGGUCAGCCUGAGCGGAGGAAGCAGCCGGCGAACCAAGAGCAGCUUCUCUUCCUCCAAGAGCAGCCAGAGGACUUCUUCAUCCAGAACGAUGAAAGUGGACGAGCUGCAGACCAUCAAGCGGGAGUUGACCCAGAUCAAAAGCAAAGUGGACGACCUGCUGGACAGCCUGGAGCGCAUGGAGAAGGACCACAGCAAGAAGUCAGAAGCUAAGGGGAUAAAAACGGAGCCAGGAGAGGUGACUUCCCCCCCGCACCCAGGCAACAAGAAGGACGACGGGCUGAAGAGAGACCGGGAGAGCCAGGAGAUUAAUGACACGGAUGAGGAGGACGAGGAGGAGGAGGGAGAUCUGCUGGAGGAGGAAGAGGUGAAGAGUCAAGAGCGGGAGGACAUGGAGGAUGACGAGGAGGAGGAAGGCGAGCAUGUGGAAGGUGACGACGAUGCGGACAGUGUCAACGGCGAAGAGGACUCGUAGGCACGGGGCGCUCCGACGCAUGCGGCGUACACACAGCUUCCAGUAGGAACUCGGACUUUUAACACUCAUGUUGUAGAUACAAAAAGCAAACAGUGCACGCACACACACACACACACCAACACACACACACAAGCAUGGUGCACACACUCUGUUGUCCCAAAAGCUGAUUUGGUUUUGUUUUGUUUGUUACUUUGGCCAGUUGUCCAGUGUUGCUGUAACGGGAAUAACUAGCUGUAGGUUUCGGUUUGUGUUUUUACUGCGUCGUCUUCAGGAGAAGACGGAAACAUGGACUGUUAAUGUUCUCAGAGACGACAGCUCGACGGACAUGUCUUAACAUGAGGACGAAAUUCAGCUACGGAAAGACCGUUUUUAGGUUGUGUGUUUUGUUUUUCUUCAUCAGUGGGUUCGUUUGACCUUGUGUGUCUGUAUGUCAAUGUCAGUUUUUUAUACUAUUCAGUUUCGGUUUAACUGUAAAGGAAUAAAUUGCAAUAAAAUAUUAAAAUGGAAA